AUGGCACACGAUAGCUCACUGGAGCUUUUGAGCGAGGCCAAACUCGACCCCAGGCCGCAUGCAGGCCUACUAACCUACAACCCCAGCAUCGAGCUCUUCGCAAGGGCUGCAGGGUCCAGAACUUUGGAGAUCUGGCGGUCCAAUGGUCAGACCGUCGCGAAGAACAGUCAGAAGGGCGAGAGAGAGACUGUUGAAGCGCUGCAAUGGAAGGCCGACGGCGAGUUCCUCGCUGUGGGAUGGAGCGAUGGCAUCGUACGGCUGAUGGGCCUGGAGAGCAGCAAGGCCGUUCACCAGAUACCUGUGUGCGACGCCGCGAAGGCCAAGAUCACCUGCAUCGGCUGGGCGCGAAACCAUGCCGCCAAACGCCCGGCCUCGUCGCGCAAGCCCGGCACGACGGCUCUGAACGACCUCUCUCUAGACGGACUCACGUUAGACGAGAAGAGGAAGAAGACGACGACGCUUGAUCUGCCACGCGAGCUUGCCUUCCUUGAGGUGGAGACCGCGCUGCCGAAGCUGAGUCCGCUGCCGGCCUCUGGAGGCUCGGGCGAUGAUAUGUAUGUCUUCACCACGAGAGCGUCUCUCGAGUUUCUGUUCCGGCCCUUUUCGCCAGAGACCAGCGACUUGGUGGAUGUAAUGCUGGUGGGCACGGAUGACGGACAGAUACACCUCAGCAUCUACGACUCCUUUGUCAUCGGCAACUUCAAGUACAACCUGCCCAAUGACUUGGGUAACGCCGAUCCUUUAAAACUGAUGCAUCAUGCCUCCCACCCCGAUCUAUCCACACAUUCCCUCCUAUUCCGCCCUUCGUCGAAAGGCGAAACCAGAGAGUUAUACCUUGUCCCCAUGGACCUGACUUUCAUCCACUCUUCCCCCGAAAACCUGUCUCUCCUCGCAUCAAAGACUACUACUCUGCAGAAGCUUCUGAGAUAUGUAAGACAGGUGCAGAUGCACAUGGUGUACGAAUGGCAGUCUACGCGCGAGUUGCCGGGCAAAUUUCUCAACAGCAUCAACGAGUCUCUACGCGAAACUGGGACAUACGGAGAAAUGGACAUUGGCCAAGCGAUAUACCAUUCAGUCGUAACUGGCCACACGUUCCCCGAGGUCAAAGAGUGGCUCGUCGAUCAACUAGCAGAACGUGGACACAAGCGGUGGGAUAAGGCGGUUGUUUCAGGCCUGGAAAACCUCCGCAGUCUUGUUCAUGAGAACUUUCUCCCAUCGCUGGAGCGCAUAGCGAUCAUCUUGAGCCGCCUUCUUGGUAUAGCCCGCUUUCAUGAAUCCAAGGACGAAAUCGGCUUCACCAGCACCCAGAUCACCAAGGUUAUGGAUAUCGUGUCUUGCUUAAUGCUCGUCGGAAACAAGAUCCUACUACUGGUCAUGGAGGAGCUGGACCUAUUCCAUGCUUUCUCGGGCUGGCUUCGCCAUGAGAUUGAUCGGUUGGCGUCCUCUUCCUCUUCGGACGAGCUCACCGAGAAGGAAGCCACCAUGGAGCACGGUAAAAUAUUGACCUACAUCCAGCAAUACAUGCACGCCAGCCCAUUACAGGCUUACCUGAGCAAAGUUUCGAAGGACGAGUCGAGUCGGGACUCUCAAUUGGUCGGUGAUGUUACUUCUUUGCUAGAUGUCCUUGAUAAACAAAUCAAGAAGCAAGAAGACGGGAAGUCCCAGUCGACCGUGGUCCACCAGAUAGAGUUCUUGGGGGAUUUCCUGCUAGAGAACUCCAAUGUCGUGUUCAAUGGCAUUGCAGAAGCCGAGAAGCGCAGUGUGAGGUUCGGUCAAGCUACUAAGAUCGAGCUGGAAAACAGCAUAACGAAGGUUGACGUUCGGAUGUGUGCUGCCAAUCACGGUGACACCACAAAUGGCUUGACAUAUACAGCGUUAACGGAAGAAAACUUCAAGAAUAUCGUCCACCUGUUCCGAACGGACACACACAUUAUCAAUGGGAUUAGCAGUACAGUCAAGACGCAGCAUACGUGCCUCUCCUUAGGUGAUGCCCAAGUUCUCGAUCUCAGAUUUCUCAACGAAGACUCCCUACUCGUAUUACUAUCGCUUGAAGACGACCUCCGGAUUAUCAGGGUCCCACAUCCUUCGGAUAAGCUGGGAUACCAUGACUAUAGUCCUGGAAAUCUAGCAUCUCCGCAUGUCCUCAGCACAGGGGAAGUCACUAGCGUCUUCCCAAACGUCCUUAUCCCGCGCGAGGGCAACUUUGCGCCAGUGCAAAUGGAGGUCAAGCAGGCAAGCUCAGACCGUGGGGAUUUCCCGGCCCGAGUUUGUCUUCUUGGGAACGAUCUCCAGACGUACAAGGUCUUCUCUCUGCCUGCUGAAUUUCUUUGA